GAAUUUGAUAUGCUGGCUGGACCAGGAUGGAAACCGUAUUACCAAAUCAGAGUGAGUUGGACCGUAGAUUAAGAAUGUCGCCAUCCCGUCCAGAGACCAUCAAAGAGUCGCCUGAGGAGGGGAAAGGUAUGAAUAUUCUUCGUGACAGCACCAAUAAUGAACAGACACAGAGGCCACCACGUCGUAAAAAGAAGAAGAGGCCUUCAGAAAGCAGAGAACUAACUUUUAAUGAUCUGUACAGAUGUACAGGCGAGGUGCUUGGAGAGGGAGCCCAGACUGCAGUAUGCACAUACACCAAGCUAUCCAAUGGCAAAGAUUAUGCAGUCAAGAUUAUAGACAAGAGUAUAGGACGUAGUAGAAGCAAGGUCUUCAAGGAGGUGGAGAUUUUUAACCAGUGCCAAAGUCAUGAGAACAUUCUCAACCUUGAAGAAUUCUUUGAGGAAGAAAACCGGUUUUAUUUGAUAUUUGAAAAAAUGGAUGGAGGUACUUUGCUAGAGGCUAUUGAACGUAGAGGCCACUUAACAGAGCAAGAAGCCAGCAUGGUCAUACGUCAGAUAGCCAGUGCUUUAGACUUCCUCCACAAGAAAGGCAUUUCCCAUAGAGAUCUGAAACCAGAAAAUAUUUUAUGUCAAAAAAGAGAUGAGCUUAUUCCAAUAAAAAUAUGUGAUUUUGACUUGGGUAGUGGGAUCAUCAAAAGUAGUCAUGAGACCACCCCAUGUACCACCCCUGAGCUGUUAACCCCUGUGGGGUCAGCUGAGUUUAUGGCCCCUGAAGUGGUCGACGUCUGGGUAGAUGAAGCUUCAAGAUAUGAUAAAAAAUGUGACAUUUGGAGCCUAGGAAUUAUAGUAUAUAUUAUGCUGUGUGGCUAUCCCCCAUUUGUUGGCUAUUGUAAGGGGAAUUGUGGCUGGGACAAUGGAGAAUACUGUGAGGCUUGUCAGAAAAUGCUGUUCACCAGUAUACAGGAGGGCCACUACAGUUUCCCUGAGCCAGAGUGGACAGAUAUCUCUGAUGGUGCUAAAGACCUUGUGCGCCAUCUGCUGGUUCGUGACCCUCACACUCGGUACAAUGCCUCCCAGGUUCUGCUUCACCCCUGGGUCACAAACAAUGGGAAUAAGACACUCCUCCCUACACCUGGUGCUCUAAAAAGAAAUAAUAGUACAAAAGACAUUGAGGCAUUUGCCGAAAAUGCUGUGGCUGUAAAUCGUAUGAUCUUACAGCACCUAUCCAUCUCUGAGCCAGUAGCCAUCCCCAAUCCUCCACGCUUCUGCCUAGGAGGUGGUAGCACCGGUGAUGAUGACGAACUCAGUGAUUACUUUAAGGAGAUGAGCAGCUCCGAUGACAGCAAGAAUGAUGAAGAUUCACCCCCACCAUUCGGCCUGUCUCCACCGGGCAUGUCAAGACUUGCCCAACGUCGUAGUAUGAACCGCCACAACAGUGGUAGCUACGAGGAUAUCUCAGGACAGAGCUAUGAUGACUCCACCUUCCAUCCCUUCAACCAAACUGGCUCCCCAAACACAAUCGUUAAAUCUAUCACACAGUCAUAG